AUGUUCCAUCCAAACAUCUACGAGAACGGAGACAUCUGUCUGGACAUUUUGAAGAACAAGUGGUCACCAUCGUACAAUGUGUCCUCAUUGCUGUUAUCCAUACAGAAUCUCCUCAAUGACCCAAACAUAGAGUCCCCAGCUAACAUGCUUGCAGCAGAAUUAUACGACCAAAAUAGAGAAGAAUACAACAGAAGAGUUCAGGAUUCAGUUGAGGCGACUUGGGCCAACUUCGAAAACCAGUAA